AUGCAUACACCACCAUCGAUGGCCAAACUCGAGGAAUCGGAUCUGUUGUCGGACACGAAAUGCAUAAUCAAUUCGCUGGUCAUUCCCUACCCGAAGGGACUCACUCUUCGCAAACUGUGCCAAGAGUUUCGCGACAGCGAAGACAUCCCGUACAGAGAGCUGGGCUUUUCCAGUCUCACCGCUUUUCUCAAGUCGAUGCCCGAGAUUAGGCUCAACGGCAAUCUCGCGGACAUCCAUACUGUGGUGCUCUUCCCGGUGGCCAAUGAGUCGACGCAACACAUCAUAGCGUUGGUUAAGGGCCAGAAGAAGGAGAAGGAUAGGGGACCGCCGCUCAGGCGCCCGGCGUUUAAUUUUGGCGGCAAUGGCUUUAAUGGGUUCAAUAGAGCGCCCAAUCGCGGCCCCAAUACAUAUCACGGCGCCGGUCGCGGCGCCAAUCGGCCCCGAUUUAAUCUGAGCAACGGUGGCCUCACUAGCGGUAUCGGCACCGGUGCUCGUAUGGGUGCAGGCGUUAUGGCAGCCAAUAAACCCGCCAACACUGCCUCCGCCGCUAACAGUCGCUCGACAUCUAUGGGUUCAAUGGUUAAUAAGUUUACCAACUUUUCCAUCACAAAACCCGCCGCAUCGAUACCGAACGCACCGCAAAGUCAGCGCCCGUUUGUACCGAUGCCGACGGCGACCACAAUACAAAAUCACCGCCAAUUCACUCCUAUGCCGACCGCCACAUCCACGCCAUCCGCGCGGCCUUUCGUGCCGAUGCCGACCGCAACCACAAUACAGACGCGACCAUUCGUUCCGAUGCCAACGGCGACCACUAUUGGAAAUCACCGCCCGUUCGUACCGAUGCCCACCGCGACGUCGACGCAACCGCCAAGACCUGCGUCUCCGCCGCCUCAGCCAAAGACAGCGUUAUUGCCGACACCAAAGACAGUGUCUUCGCCACCAAAACUGAUUAUUCAUCCGCCGCCACAGCCCGCGAAGAAUACAACACUGGUGUCGGUGACCCCCUCUGAAAAGCCAAUCCCAUCCGUUAAGGGCGAUCCGAACACAUUCUUCCGGCUACAGGCGGUUCCCGACCAGAUCAAGGCCCGAGUGAUACGUUUGCUGGACAAACAGAGGCCGAUGGGAAUGGCGGUGUGUCAGUUCCUGAGCAAAUACAACGAGGUGUACGACGAGCUGAAUUUGCGUCAAAUGCGUUUCUCGGACGCCCAAGAAUUCUUUCAAGUGUUGGCCACAGAGUUGCCGAUUGUCAUCGAACUCGUGGACGGCAAGAAUCGGGUGUCGCUGACGGACGAGUCGGAUGUGCGCGAAUGGGUGGCCACUCAGGCGCGCACAAUGCGCCACAUAUUCCCCAUUGUGGUGGUGGACACGAUCGGCGAUAUUGUGCUGCCGGGCGAGACGUUUAAGGCCUUUAGGCCGCCGCCGCGGUUCGACUGCAAUAACAACGAAUAUGUGGCCACUUUUAUCUCGUCGGCCAUCAGUCCGGACGAACUGUUCCUGCAAUUCAAAGGCAGUGACUAUCACACGGCCCUCGAGAGGACAAUGAUUGACCUCGAGUUCUACGACAAAGCGCCCGAAGAGCGGUGGUGUGUGCCCUAUGAGUUCCUAAGCAUUGGUCUGCCUGUGAUCACCCGUUACCCAGGUGACAAGUUCUGGCACAGAGCGCGCAUCAAUCGCCUAUACGCCAACCAGAAGCGUGCGGUGAACGUGACGUUUGUGGACUACGGCGGCAGUACUGUCACCGACUAUAAGAGUUUGCGGCUAAUGCGUCGGGACUUCCUGGCGCUGCCGCCGCAGGCGUUCAAAGUGGGUCUCUAUGGCGUGAAACCCAUUCUGGGCGAGAAGGAGGGCUGGGCUACCGCUGCCAGGGAUAAGAUACUGCGCUUCUCGAAGCCCUACUACGCGUUGGCCACCACUUUGAUUGAGUACCGCCGCAAUAUGCCGAUGGUUGCCAUCUGCGACACCAACACCGCGGCCGACAUAUUCAUCCACAAUGUUUUGGUCAAUGAUAAACACGCGGUGUUUGACGAGAGGGCCACUAUGGAGCCCAACGGCGAUAAAAGUUGUUUUGAGUUGAUAUCGAAGGCCGAAGACGUGGCCGACGAGGUGCUGCGGAGGUCGAAGACAAUACUGCCGACAAUCGCCCGCUUGUGUCUGGUGUCCACAUUCAUCGAGGAUGGCAUCCGGAUGUGGUUCCAGUGGUCAGAGCAGAGGGACUACAUGAACAGCCAGUGGGGCUGCGGCUAUAUUGUGGCCACACUUUUCGUGUUGAUUAAUAUGUUGUCCCAAUUGAUCGGCUCCGGACUCGUGGUCAGCCGCUUCCACGUGACCAUCGCUUGCGGUAUACUCUUCGGCACUGUUGUGUUGCAGACAUUCGCGUAUUCAAUCCUAUGGGACCUGAACUUCUUGCUGAGGAAUAUGAGUCUAUGCGGCGCUCUGUUGUUACUAUUGGCCGAAUGCAAGGCAGAGGCGCGCACUCUGUUCGCCGGCGUGCCGUCACUCGGCGAGAAUCGCCCGAAGACUUACAUGCAGUUAACCGGACGUAUACUGACUGUACUUAUGUUCGCCACUAUUCUUCAUCUCGACGUUAAUGUCUUUCAAAUCAUACAAAACAUUAUAGCCAUCGGACUUAUGGCUGCCGUCACUGUCGGCUUCAAAACCAAACUGUCGGCCCUUUUGCUGGUCGUGUGGCGAACAUAA